CGCAGCACCGCCCGCCGCGCCCACGUCCCCGGCGGCCCCGGGCGCACAAAGGCGGCGGCCACCCAGCGUGGCCUCCUGCGUCCCCGCGCCGAGGUCCCGCUCCCGCCCUUCUCCUUUCCGAGAGGCGAGCGUGGCAGGGCCGGGCGAGGACAGGCGGCCGCGGUGGCCCUAGCGCGCCUCCCCCCACCCCCUGCCGGGAGAGGCAGCGGGCGGCCGGCGGACGAUGUGGCCGCGGCUGCUGCCGAGUGCGCCUUCGGCCCGGGCCGCCUCUGCCACCCCUCUUUGCUGCUCCCUCCAUCCCAUCGAGAGGAGUUGAUGCUGCUGUCGCCGCCGCCGCCGAGCCGCGGCUGAUGGAUGCCAGGGAGUGCCGCAUUGCUUAGCGUCCCCGCCUCCGGGUUUGCUGAAGCUCUUUCCCCGCCCUGGAGCUCAGCGCUGAAGAACCACCUUAUUAUUAAUUCUCAUCGUUACCCCUGGCAGGCGCAUCCUUCAGUAGGGACCGCAGAAGCAUCAGACGCUGGGGCUGAGAUGUGCGUGGGGGUUGUUUUUGUUAGAUCUUGGUAGAGAAGAGAAGACGACGUACCAAGAUCACCACUACUGGUGCUGGGUGGGAUUAAGGGUAUUUUCUUUGGGGAAAGGACAGGAAGAGGAGUGGGCCGCUCAGAGGUCCACAUCACUUUAAAGGAAAGGGAGAGACGACCAAAGUGGGGUGUUGCUUUUUAGGGGGUGGUGGGAGAAGUUGAUAUCCCCCAAAGAAAAGUGGUGGAAGAGCAGCAGCAACAGGGUGCUGGAUUGGACACCAGGACAAAUCAUUUCCUGUAAAGGAGAGGAAGCAGGCAGUAGUGAGGUCUGGGGACCAGAGUGUGGUGUUGGCAAGGGCCAGGUUUGUUGUGGGACGGAUCAGCAAGAGGAAGGGAAGGCUCAGGAACAAGCAGAAAAAUGACUCAUUUACAAGCUGGUCUCUCUCCUGAGACCCUGGAGAAAGCUCGCCUGGAGCUCAAUGAGAACCCAGACACAUUGCACCAGGACAUCCAGGAGGUGAGGGAUAUGGUCAUCACCAGGCCAGAUAUUGGCUUUCUACGCACAGAUGAUGCCUUCAUCUUACGCUUCUUGCGGGCAAGGAAGUUUCAUCACUUUGAGGCCUUCCGCCUCCUCGCUCAAUACUUUGAGUACAGGCAGCAGAACUUGGACAUGUUCAAAAGCUUCAAGGCCACUGACCCUGGCAUCAAGCAGGCACUGAAGGAUGGCUUCCCUGGGGGCCUGGCCAAUCUGGACCACUAUGGCAGGAAGAUUCUAGUCCUUUUUGCUGCCAACUGGGAUCAAAGCAGGUACACACUGGUGGAUAUUUUGCGUGCCAUCUUGCUUUCUUUAGAGGCCAUGAUUGAAGAUCCUGAGCUUCAAGUGAAUGGAUUUGUUUUGAUCAUAGACUGGAGUAACUUCACCUUCAAGCAAGCUUCUAAACUUACGCCAAGCAUGCUGCGAUUAGCUAUUGAAGGCCUCCAGGAUAGUUUCCCAGCACGAUUUGGAGGGAUUCACUUUGUCAAUCAACCUUGGUAUAUUCAUGCACUAUACACCGUGAUCCGGCCAUUCCUGAAGGAGAAGACUCGGAAAAGGAUAUUUUUGCAUGGUAACAACCUCAACAGUCUACACCAGCUAAUUCAUCCUGAGAUCCUGCCCUCUGAGUUUGGAGGAAUGCUGCCCCCUUAUGACAUGGGCACCUGGGCGAGAACCCUGCUGGACCACGAGUAUGACGAUGACAGCGAAUACAACGUGGACUCCUACAGCAUGCCUGUGAAGGAGGUGGAAAAGGAGCUCUCCCCCAAGUCCAUGAAGAGAUCCCAAUCAGUAGUGGAUCCUAGUGUACUAAAACGCAUGGAUAAAAAUGAAGAGGAAAACAUGCAACCUUUACUCUCUCUGGACUAAAUAGCAUCUUAACAUCUCCCCAUGGAUUAGAAAUGGAAGGUACUUGUUUUCAGUAACAAGAACAGCACUAUGGAGGAAUUGCCAGCUGGAGACUUAUUUAUUCAUGUUAAUGUAGCAUAAUAUAUAAUAAGGCAUCAGGCUUUUCCAGUGGCCUGAAUGAUGGGUGCCCUGAGAUGGAUAAAAAAAAAAGUCAAUAAUUUAUUCUGUAAGUGCCAAGUUCUUUGUAAAUACAAUGUAAUCUUCAUGUCAAGUUUGUAAAAUUUUGGUAGUAACUUAAUUUGGAAAAGAUUGGCUUGGAAGCCAAUGCCAGUGAUAUGAACUAUAACAAAAACCAGAAAAGACACAUAAAAGAUCAAAGCUAAUUAAAUGUAGCCCUGUUUCCUGGGAAGCCAUAUUUCAGCUCUCAUGGUGACUGUUUCAUGUUUUUUUUUUUUUUCUGGAACUCUGUCAGUAUUGAAAUGUUCUUUUAAUGGGCACGGGGAGCUAGAUGAUUCUAGAUAAAUGUAUUUCCUGUCUAGUGAUUUUCAUUUCAACAGAAAACGUGUCUGAGCUACUAUCACCGGCCUUGCAUUUUGGAGACAAGGAAUGGCAGAUGAGCUGGUAAAUGGAAUACUUGAACUCCUCUACAUUGUUAAAUUCCUGGAGUAUUGUGAAAAGAUAUGUUCCCUCGGCUAAGAUGUGGAAUUCUAAAAGAGAGUGGAUUCUUUUUAAACUGCUGUCUUCACAACGUGCCCUUUAUUCAAGAUCCCUUUUUAUUCUUGUCAGAUGUACUUUAAGAACUGCCCCCCACUCUGAAACUCUUCUACCAAGAGAAAGAAUUCAUACAUGAAUAGUGUUUUGAGAGCUAAUUUUGGGCAUACAAUUUGUCACAUACAGAAAAGGGGCUAAUUUCUAAUUCUUGUGCACUGGUUGAAAAAUAUACAUACAUAUUCACAUACACACUCGCAUAUAUAUUUUUACUGAGCUCAAUAAAUCCUUUAUGUGUCAGGCUUAUAAAAUAAAUCAUACAUAUUCAAUGAUCUUAGAGAUAUUAUAGAUUAUUAUAUGAGACACUAACUUCGGAAAACCAUUUCCACUAAAGUUAAUGAAAAUGAGAUAUAGUGAAACAGACUUUUGGUGAAAGUAUUUUAAUUUAAUAACAGUCUUAUUUAGUUUGUAAUAGUUUUUUUUCAAAUUCAAAUUAAUUUUCUGUUAUUUUAGUGAUCUUAAAUGCAUACAUUUUCUUUUAAGAAAAGACUGAAUGAACAUAUUGCAUCCAGGUGAUAUAAUGGAAGUAUCUGAAUGUGUCUGAGAUAGCAUAAUAUUGUUUAAAUUUAGGUUUGAAGUCUUUAUAUUAUUUAAGGUUCUUAUUUCAUCAAAUUUUUAUUUAUAGCAAAUUUUUAAAAUCUUACUUUACAUUUCAAAUUCCAGUGUGAAAAGGCAAGAUUUUUACUACCUUUUCAGAGUGAUAAAUUUGGGGAUAUAGAAUUUACCAUAAAAUAUUCUUUUGAAGAAAAGUAAUUCAAGAAACUCUUGGAAACCAACAGAAAUAAAGGAGAGUAGCAGCCUUUACACAGUUUUUAGCCAAAAGCUUAAAAAAAUUUCAGUUAUAAUUCUACAGCAAAAAAUCUCAAAAGCCAGAUUAACAUACCAAACUGCAGCGUACCAAUGGACUGCCUAGUGUUUGUAAAAGUAUGUAAAUUAAUAUGAAUGAAACAUACCUUAAGAAUGCCAACAUCUAAUCAAGAGCAGAAGAAUGAUGAAUGUCAAGGACUUUGCUCUACCCAUGAGUAGUGAAGAGAUUGGAAUGAGUUGGGGGAAAAAGAGCCACAGCAAUUUUUAUUUUUAAAAGAGCUCUGACCAUUGGUGUUUUCACAUUUUCACCUGCCUGACAUAUGUUUUCCAGUUUUGGGCUUUAUAUAUUAUAUAAACACAUAUAGGCAAUAUGAUGCACUGGAACAAAAGGGAAACUAUAAAUAUAGUUCAGAAGGUCAGUCAACUUUUGAUUCUCAUGAGUUUCUUCUGAUGCACACCAUUUAUUGCCAAUUUUCAGAAUUCUGCCAGCUUCAGAUAUCAACUAGUAUAGUCAGCUUUUUUCUCCAUCAGAAGGUUAGUGUCCUAUAUAAAAAAUGACUAGAAAGGCAUAUUUUAUUUGUAUACCAAUUUAAUUGUAUGUAUCAGUCACACUAUCUCUCUCCCCACAUUUGGAGACUUUGCUUUGGUAUUUCAGCUCCUCGGCUCUUCUCUCUUCGACUCUUCUUCAGAGCAGCAACUGAGAGUUGGCUGGAUUGGGUAAAACAUUUUUAAGAUUAAUGAACAAAUUAUUACAAUGAUGCCUUUUGAAAUUGCUAUAUCUAGUUCAAUCUGUGAAUAAACUCAUUUUCCAUUAAUAUUUUGCUUAGUCAAGGGAUAUUUGUUCAACUUUAUAAAUUUUAUAAAUUUUCCCCUCAGCCCCAGCUAACUAGGACUAUUUAAAAGUUGUUCUUUCCCUCAUGUGAUUUUCUGGCAGAGUAGCUAUGUCUACUGUUACCUAACCUAGUUUAUGUAAAUAAGCAGCCUAUAUUCUGUCAUUGUAGUUGCAAUAGUACAUCCCCAUUCACACACAAACACUGGAGAGUUUGCCCUAAUGAAUUUGCUCCUCUGAGAGCUUUGCUUUGCUGUUUUAGUUUUCUUGUUACUUAAAAGUUUGUAGACUUCAGAGAGUUUCCACAUUUAAUUUGGAAUUAGUCAGUAGUCAAGUUACUUCUCUCACCCCACCUGCUCCACCUUCUAUUUCUUAUCUUUUCUUCCAGUUGCUUCAGGGGCAGCUUCUUCCAAAGUUGGUUUAAAAAUAAAUAACCUCUCUUAUCAUGUUAUCAGUUAUAUUUGCAUGAAUUUCGACUGAUACUUAAAAAGGAAGAGAUUAUCAUGAAAAUAUACCCUAAGAAAUAUGAAGAAGUGCCUCUUAAAAAUGGAAUAAAGCAGUGAUACUGGAAUACCUAUUCUAUUUGCGCUCUCUUCCAAGAAACUAAAUGCAUACAUCUUUAUUGUAAAGAUGAAAUAUAGAUAUCAUUUGAAGACAGAUGUUUGAGACCUUGCUUUGAGUAUUCUCAUACAGUAUUGAGUCUUUGUUGUAUAAGCUGAAUACAAUACUUUAAUACAUGUUAUUACCAAACUGGCACCAUGCUAAAAUAAUACACAAGUUUAUUAAAUAGAGUUUUGCAAGCAAUACUUAAAAUGGGAAUGCAUGAUUUAUUUUAUUUCAAUAAAAGUUUGCAUAAACCAUAGGCAGAUACAUUCCUUAAGUCUUUUCAUAUAAAAUGCUUGUUCACUUUAGAGUACUGAAAAUUCAUAUGUUUAUAAGAUAGAAGGCUAGGCAGCUGGGUUCUCUUUAAUAUUGCUAACUAGGUCACAUUUGUAAAUGAAGCACUUGAAGUUUCUGCAGGAACAGAAUAGAAGAUCCCUCUAUUACAUUAAGAAAUGGAGAGUUGUUUUAGACUCCAGGGAGCACACUUCUGACUCUCCACUAAAAGAAAACUUUAGGCCAUGGUAGUGUGUCUUCAGAGACAAGCUUCCUUUGCUUCUACAAACAACUUAAAGGUUUAUGGAUAUAUCUAUGGUCCUUUAAAUAAGUUAUAUCAAGAAAACCUGCUGAGAGACUAUACUAUCAUUUGUGUUACUGAUAAUGCGAAAAGUUGCCAUGGCUCAGCCAUGGGCCCAUUUCAGAAAGAUUUUCAGCAUACAAAAUAAAAUGAGCAGAGCUCUGGCAUGAUA